UUUCGUGCCAAAAUUAAGGUGGCUAAAUCCAAGCUUGGGAGGGGAAUCUCCAAAUUUAAACUAGGCAAAAUUGUACCAAUAUUCUAUAAAUUUUAUUAAAAUUUAAAUAGAUAACCAAUUCGGCUCAACCAAACUAUAGUAUUCUCUCUCUCUCUCUCUCUCUCUCUCUCUCUCUCUCUCUCUCUCCAAUCGCCAGAAACGAAAUACUCUCUAAAGAAAAGGUGUACUUUCACGAGUCCGUAUUUCAAUGGCUGCUUGCUGUACCCGCUGGUGGCGUGCACCGGUCUACAUCACCGUAUCAGUAAUGUUGGCCUUCUUAGCCAUUUCAACGACACUGCAUUCAAACUCCAAUGGUGCAUUGCCACCACGAAAACCCAUUACAAAUGAACUCUCAGUUAACGCCUCCAGAGCCCUCAGAGAAGCCGGCUUCAACGUCUUUGCCACCCUCCUUCGGGUCUCCCCUGAGCUCUUCCUUUCUUCUCGAAACGCGACCAUCUUUGCCAUCAAAGAUCCUGCAAUCCCAUAUACUUCUCUGCCACCAUGGCUACUGAAAGAUCUCCUCCAGUACCAUACCUCCCCUCUCAGCCUCACCAUGGAUGACCUUCUAAAGAUGCCUCAGGGAGGUUGUUUGCCUACCCUUCAUCGAGAAAAAAACAUGGCACUCACCAGAAUCCAUUUGAAAGAAAGGUUGGUCGAGAUCAAUCAUGUUUUCGUAUCGCACCCAAAUAUAUUUUUUGGAGGACCCAUUUCAGUUCAUGGUGUUCUUGGUCCAUUUUCUCCUUUAGAUCCUCAAGAUGUUCAUCAGGGUUGGGAUAUUAUUCAGGCACCCAUUUGCGAUUCCAAUUCAACUUUGGUUUCAGAUGUUCUUGAAUCCAAGAACAUGGUUGAAUGGUCCUGGAUUAUCCGAUUACUAACCUCGAAUGGAUUCGUUUCCUUUGCAAUCGGAUUGCAAUACGUUCUUGACGAUGUUCUUGAAGAUAACAGAGGGCUGGAUUCUGUAACAAUCUUUGCUCCUCCAAAUUUGCCCUUUCUAGCAUUUCCAUCCCCUUUGAUUAAACAAAUUGUGAGGUUUCACAUAGUGCCUCAAAGAUUUACAUAUCAAGAACUCGCUGGGCUGCCGGCUGGUACAUUGCUCAUGACCCUGGUUCCUGGUCUAUAUCUUGAGGUUACUGGAGCUGUCAGUUUCAAGCGAGGAAUGGCCAUCAAUAGAGUCCAAAUCGUGGCGCCUGAUAUUUUCUCUUCGGAUAGUUUCAUCAUACAUGGGAUUUCCCGAGCUUUUCACAUGGUCCAGCUUCCUAAAACAGUCAUAUAA